GGGCAGGACAGAUUCUAACAGGGUUCUGGUGGGCUGGAGCAGCUGAGUUUGAUCUUGAGCCCUGAAUAGCAGCUAUGGCUUUGACCUGGGAACUCAGCUCCAACAGGUGGUCUCUUGGAAGGCCGUGCAAUCCUCCACCGAGCUCGGGAUGUCUUUGCCCAAAUACUGCAGUGUGGCCACAACCCUGAAGGCCCCUGGCUGGAACUGUGCUGCUCCAUCCUGGGACCUCUCCUUCACCUGCCCUUUUGCUCUCCAAGCGCCCUGCCUCCCCAGGCACCAUACUCUCACAAGGUAUCACCAGUGUCUUCACAUUGCUGACCCAGCAUGGCAGGGGACUGGCUGGCUGGGAAGAGUUGGAAGUGCCACUGACACUUGGGUCCUGGCUAGAAGGGAACUAGAUGGCUUUUAUUAUCUGGCUCAAAUAAAGGCAGCUCCAGAGCUGGAGAAGCAGGGGAUCCUGCUUGUGGAAUAUGAGGCUCCCCUUGUAAUGUGCCCAAACUUGCCACCCCAGAAGCAGAGUGUGGUCUUAGAAGAAGAUAUCAUUCAGCUCUCACCAUCCAGGGACUACUCACUGCAACCUGGGGACAAGGUGCUGGCACCCUGGGAGGCAGACCGACAGCGGUAUGGCCCUGGCACUGUUCUCUUAGGCUUGGAGUCAAGAGACCCCCAGAGAGCAUCAAAGGAAGAAGAAAUCAUUGUUCAGUUCUGGAAUGGCAAGACAGCUAAAGUGCCUCAAGGUGGGGUCAGGUGGGUGCCCCCUGCUGUCUGGAAGAAGGCUGUGGAGAGGCUGCACUGGCCUUGCACCAGGGAGAACCUCAGUCCCCUCCUCUGGGCCCCUUGCUGCUCUCUGCUGGGGCCAGUCAAUGGAUGCACCACUAGCCUGCCUCCUCUGGAUGCUCCUUUCCUGUGCCCUCCCUGCCAACCCCAUGCCUGCUGCCGGCUGCUGUGCCAGGGCUGCUUCUACUGCUGUUCCUUAAUGGGCCCCACCUGGUGGCCUCUAACUAGGACUUCAGAGGUCACAGCCAGGGAAUUCCUGGAGUCAGGAUUGAAACCCACAGCACAACUUUUGCCUUUGGAGGGUCCUAAAGAGGAGUCAGUAGCAGUGCAUGCUCCUGUGGCUGUUUCUUCCUCCUCUUCUUCUUCUUGUGAAGAAGAUUCAGAGAAUGAGCUGGAGAUGGGCCUUCCCCUGAGACUGAUGGUGAACAGCGCAGUCAACACUGACCCCAUCCUUCCUGAGAAGUGUUGGAGGCAGAGUGGCCCCUGCCAGCCUGAGUGGAGGUACUGGAGGCGAAAUGGGCCUGAACCACGUCCUGGGAAACCAGGAACAAGAGGUUGCAACAUCUGGAAAGAAGAGAAGGACAACAAACAGAGAGUACAAACUGCAGUAGUGGGAACUACCAAAGAGCUGACCCUGAAAGCAACCAACAUGAAGCCACUGCAGACCCUACCAGAGGAAGCCGAACACAGAAAACUGAGUCCGGAUAUCAGGACACAUCAAAGGGACAAGAAUUCCCAAGAAUUCAAACUGAAAGCCCUGGGGGUCUAGGAAGUUAAAAGAUAAUGAUGGUAAAUACCUGAGAAAGGGUUAUAAAGAAUGGCUGACAAGACCUUCCUCAAUGGAAGGCGAACACAGGCUGCAGGUGAGAAUCAAGUAAGCAGCAGCAUCUUUACCCAUUAAGAUCUCCGUGCAGAUAAACAGCAGGAAGGCACUACUUGUAAGGGGCAUAGGAGUCAGUGGCCCUUCCUGGUGGCACUGCUUGAGGACACCACUUCCACAAAGGCCACAGGGUGUAGUAGACUGCUUUGGGCAAAUGUCUCUACAGCCUCUCUGCUGUCUUUUCAUAAAGCCUACGGCUAUACAUGAGGAACACUGUGUUUAACCUCCUUUUAAUAGCAAUAAAAUGAAUUCUGUGUUUCCAAAUCUUUCCCUUUAUUAUCAUAAUUAGCCUUUACUUGGAAAGCUAGUAAUAAAAACUCUUCAAAGAGCAUCAUCAAUUAUUACUUUCAGGCAAAUGAGGGUGGGGGGACUCUCAAGUUAAAAUGGGACUUCCUAGUUCCCAGAAAGGCUGACACCUCUUUAGUCAGCACUAAAAGCAGGAUUAAUGUGUGAUUAUUAAGAAAAUCAUUUGUGGCUUUAUUCUUCUUGCUACUUGAAAAAGAGUGAUGUGAUGGCAGUGAAGGCCAACAUCAUAUAGGGAAGACCAAGUCCACACUUUGUCCCGAAUCAACCGCUACUACAUGAGUCUUCUUGGUUGAGGCAGUUGAACCCACAGUGACAGAAUAGGUCCCUGGAUAUA